GACAUGAGGCUCCAGCUGCUGCUUUGGAUCGUGGCCGUGCUCCUGGCGAGUCUCCUCCCAGCCGACGGACAGCGGCCAGCCAACCUGGCGCUGCGCAGGAAGCUCCACCGGCACGGCUGCUCGCACCGGCGCUGCAUGCCGCUCCACUCCAGGGUGCCCUUCCCCUGA